UUCUAGUUGACAUGUAAAAAGCCGGGCGGUGAAUACAAUUGAUAAAAAAUAAUGGAAUAUUUUCGCAGUUUGCCGUGGCGAGUAAGUACAUGUCAACAGCUAAAUAAUCUAUAUGAUUAUGUAACUGAAGAAUCCUUAGCAAAACUACCCAUUUUACAAAAAUCAUCUGAAGAAUUAUUUACAAAUUUAUUUAAUAAAUAUGAAAAAAUCAAAAAUAGAGAAAAACAAAUUCAGAAAAAGAAUGAUGAUUAUGUUCGUGGAUACCGACCAAUACCUGAACUGGCAACAACAGAAUUAACAAUUCAAGAUCAUAAAGAAUAUUUAGAACUGUUAAAGUAUUAUGUAGAAGGAAAUCAACGUUUAACUCCUCAAAUUAAAAAUUCUAUGAUGUUAACUCAAAAUUUGGAGCCUAAAAUACAAGCAGAAAGACAAAAAUAUGCAAAAUUUGUAGAAGAUCAAUGGAAGCUAAAUGGUAAAGAACGUUGUGAACAAAUUCAAAAUGCAAUUGAAACGUUCUUUGACGAAGAAUGGAUUAAACGAAUUCAAAUUAUUGAUCAAUAUCCUCCUUAUUAUUCUACCGAACGUAUGAUCCCCAUAGUUCCGAAAGAAGAAUUCACUAUUGAAAUGAAAUGUGUUAAUAAUUUAUUUGAAAUGGGUAAUAUUCAGUUCUUUCCUAAACAACCGGACAAAAAACGUAUUUUUUUGGAUCCAAAUAAAAUUAAACAUUCUGAUUUUUAUAAUUAUUCAAAUGAACCAGUUAGUUUAGAUCCAACCGCUGAAAAAUUAGCAAUUUGUAAUAAAGUUGACAUUGUAAUCUCAGCAAGCGGAAUAAAGAAUAUUAUGAAUAAUCAUGCACCGUAUCACAAAUCAUGGAAUUUACCUGUCAAGAUUAAGGAACAUUCUAUUACUGUUGAUGGUAAAACAAUUUCCAAGAAGAUAAUUUAUAUUGAUAAAGCUUUACCCAAGAAUUGUUUAAAUAAUGUACAAAAAAAUUAUUGGGUUUAUAAGAAAAUUUUAAAACCAAAUUUUUGCAAAGGAACUGCACAUCGAUUUAAACAGCCAAUCAUGAAGACUACAACUGUUUGUAAUUGUUCGAAUACGUCCGAAUUCGAUGAACAAGUAGAAGCAAACGAUGGUGUGGACGAAAAGCAUAAUAAUAUUAGCUUUGGAAUUGAGAAAACUUUAUCUGAUGAUGAAUCCAAUGACAGUUUAAUCAUUGAUCUGCCAGAAACUGAGCAAGUGACAGAAAACGAUCCACUUAAAUCAAAAUUCAAAAGAAUUGAACCGAUAGGUACGCGAAGUAAAUCAAAACGAAGUGUUUCUCCAAGCCCAUCUCCAACACCAACUGAAGCAAAACGUUUAAAAACCGUUGAUGGCACUUCAAAACCAAUAAAUACUAGAAAUUCAAAAUCUAAUAGCGUGGAACGAAAUUCAAGAGCGAAUAGCUUGGAAAAAAGUUCUAAUUCUGAAACUAUAAAUGAAAUGCCAAAUUCGAAUAGCGUGAAACAAAAUUCAAAAGCGAUGAACACAAAUAAAAAUUCAAAGUGUAAAUGUAAAAUAAGACAAUUAAAAGGUGUAAAUGUUACGUAUAAAUUGUGGAAUUUAAAAGCAGAAAGUAAUCGCUUAAGAAAAACUACAUCACAAGAAAUUAAUAUUUUGGUUCGAUGUAAAAUUGAUGCGAUCCAGAAUUCAUCUGGGGAAAAACAUUCCAUUAUUCUAACACCAAAACUGGAAUAUCAAUUAGAAUAUGGCGCUGAAAUUUGUACUAAAGUUGAUUUAUGCCGUCAAUGGAUAUCGACAUCGUUACUUCCUGGCUCAAAAUUAAUGCGAGUUCGAAUCGAUCCAGAAAAUUCUGAAUUCAUUUCAUUGGAAGAAACGAAUACAAGCAAAAUAGCAAAUGAAUUGACCAAAUUUUAUAAUCAUAAUCCUAAUAUCGGAUAUCAAUGUUUGUACAGUGUAUUGGCCGAUGUGAUGAGAAGUCCACCUGGUGAUUAUAUGUUAUCACAUGAUCCUAGACAUGCAACAUUUAUUUGUUUUAUGAGAUCUCGUCAAACCAACUCAAAAUUUGGUUUAGACCUCAAUGAUUUGAAAAACUUUCAAACGAAAGAAGAACAUAGUUAUCCUUUUAUUCGAAUCGAUUCGAACAUAAUAUUACCAAAUCAUAUCAAGCAAGGUGUAAUUCCUGGAUUAUUUAAGGGAGUAGCUAAAGUUAUCCCCAAAAAUAAUAAGCAAUGGAAAAAUACUAAGAAACGAAAAAGGAAAAACAAAAAUAAAAACAGAAACAAAAAGGUUAAAUAAGAAAAGAAGUUCAAGAGUGUAUUGUUUUGUGACCUGAGCAAUUUUGAAGUUGUAACGACCUGGUGUUUUUUAUUUCUUUUUCAUCAUAUACAAAAUCAAUGAGAUCCAUGGUUACCAUCUCGCAUAUAUCACUUUGGUUACGCUAAGAAAGUGGACUUCAAAACAUCAAUCAAGUCGUUUUUUAACCCCCGAACUAAAAAUAAAGGGGUGUUAUAAGUUUAACCGAUAUGUAUGUGUGUCUGUCUGUCUGUGGCAUCGU